CACCUGGAUUGUGUCCAUGAUAGUCAUCGUCCGUCUGGCCCGCGUCACGCAGCAUCGGCACGCCGUGCGCCUGCUCACUGUCUACCACGGGAACUUCUUCCGGCGUCUCAGCGACGGCAUGGUCACGCGCUUGGUCUUUAUUGGUGUGGCCGUCAUACUCUACGGCUACGUCUUCCGCGUGCUCGCACGUGCGUAUAUCUGGCGGAACGGGGCGGAGUCCCCCUUCCUGAGUGGUAUGGAGAUGCUGACCAUUGCCUUCCGGGGGCCCGUGGACGCCAUUUUCUACUCCCCCAAGGACUGGGUCGUCCGCCUCGCGCGCUUCUACCGGCAUUUCUGUCUGGGCCAAAAGCGUGGGGCCAAGCGAAGGACCUCCAUGGACCUGGCCAGUGCCGCUGAGCCCGUGCGCUUGACCUUGAUCGGGAAAGCCUACCCGCUCCCCUUCUUCACCGACCCCCCGGUGCCCUCCUUCCAGGACAAGCAGCUUUUCAUCAGCACCUACAACCUGGGCGAGUGCAAGUCGAAAGCCUUGGGGCCGGAGGCGCUCGCGGCCUGGAUUCCCCGGGACCGUGACGUGUACGUGCUGGGUCUGCAGGAGUGCAUGGUCUAUCGCCGGCUGGGAGAAGAUGUCCUCGCCCAUCUGGGGGGCCCAGAGAAGUACGUCAUGUACCGCCGCGCCAUCGGCUCCACCUACCAGUCCCUGGGCUACCACGGCUUGAUCGCCUUGCUGGUCUUGGCGCGCACGGAGGAGGUGCAAGCCAACCGGUUCCUGCUCCACGAGUCCAAGAACAGUGCCGUGGCCCGAGGGAAGAACCUGGGGGUGACCACCGCCCAGAACAAGGGAGGCGUGGGGCUCGCCUUCCGCUACUACGACACGACUUUCGCCCUACUCGCCUGCCAUCUCUCCUCGGACCUGAAGGGGCGCUCUCGGCUGGACAAGCGGAAUCAGGAUGCCUGGCAGCUGACUUACGAAACGAAUUUGUGGCGGGAGGAGUACCUGCUGGACGUGCAUCACCAGCACCACGUCUGCAUAUUCCUUGGGGAUGUCAACUACCG